AUGGCGCAGGAAAAAACGUCACUAGAGAAAGCUGGCCACCUUGAAUAUACCCAUCGCGAAGACGGAGUUGCUGCCGACGCGUGGCAUCAUGGUGUCGACGCAGAAAAGCUUCCAACAGGUUACUUCAGAAGCAGUUUUUUUCUGGGGACGAUGCUUGCGAGCGGGCUAAGCGUAUCUGCUGGUGUCGGAGGCUUUGCACUUGCUGCUCCGUUGCUUGCCACUAUAAACGCUGAAAUAGGACCGGAUCCAGACAUUGUUUGGGUUGCCCUUGUCUACACCAUGACUCUUGCCAUCGGGCAAGCUCUAGUUGGACGACUCUCUGACAUUUUCGGUCGACGUUGGUUCUUCAUCGGUGGCUCCUUCCUAGCCCUCAUUGGAUGCAUCAUUAGUGCGGUUGCACAUAAUGUUCCUGCACUCGUCGGCGGUACCGCUCUUAUCGGCUUCGUAGCAGCGUCGCAGCUUUCCUACACGUUUGUGCUUGGGGAGUUAGUUCCGUUCAAGUUCCGCUUCAUGAGCCUCGGAUUCGUAUACAUCUGGGCGAUCCCAUUCUCAGGCUUUGGACCAGCAUUAAGUUACGCACUCGUACAGCACCCGGGUCCGGGCUGGCGAAGCUGCUACUACCCCAUGAUCGUGAUCAAUGCGGCUGCCACGCCAUGCUGGUUCCUCUUCUAUCACCCUCCGACAUUUCAUAUGAAGUACGCCGACCGCAAGUCACGAUUGCAGGUCGUCAAGGACCUCGAUUUCAUCGGCUUGAUACUUUUCAUUGGAGGACUUUUGAUCUUCUUGAUGGGCCGCAGCUGGGGCGGCUCCAGUUUCAUGCCCUUAAAGAAACCUCUGGUACCCAUGCACCUCUUCCGGAAUAUGAAGUGGGUUUCUGUGGUCAUGCUGGUCGUAGUAGGAGCCAGUGUUUACUACGCUUUCGCCAUCAUCUGGCCGACAAUUAUCUUCAUGCUGUACAUCAGCGGCCUCACAUACGGCGGAUGGCUUGCCUGCGUUACCAGGUGUGCCAUCAACACCGGCCAGGUGUCGGGUGGUUGGUUGAGCAAACACGUUGGUCGUCAGAAGUGGCAGUUGGUGGCUUGUUCGAUUGCCAGCUGUGCAAUGCUCGGUGCGGCCGGCUGUGCUACCCCAAACAACAAGAACACCAUCAUCGGCUUACUCUUUGUCGGCUGUUUCUUCAUUGGCUGGCUUGAGUCCGUCGGCCUCGCAAUGACCGGUAUCGUCAUUGACGACCAGAACGAGAUCGGAACAGCUGUAGACGUGGCCGGAUCGAUCCGCUCCGCCGUCUCCACUGUAGCUUCGACAUUAUACACAGUGGUCUUGACCAAUCGCCUUGAAAAGACGAUCCCAGCUGUCGUGCCGCCUGCUCUGGUAAAGGCAGGGCUUCCUGUAGCGUCGGUACCGAGUUUCUUGUCUGCUAUCACCGUCGGUACACCUGCGGCUUUUGCCGCGGUUGAUGGCUUGACAGAUGCGAUCGAGCUUGCGGGAAUCACUGCGUAUAAGCCAGCGAGUAGUCAAGCAUACCGCACCGUCAUGCUAGUUACUAUCGCUUUUUUAGGCUUGGGCUUGUUUUUCAGCUUCUGGGCUCCAAAUGUCGAUGAGCUGAUGACGAAUAGGGUAUCUCAAACCUUGCACAAGCGGAAAGAUGAGAACGUUGUAGGAGCGUGA